AGGAGGGGGAGGAGAAGGGAGCGAAGGAAGGAGGCCCGCCUCCAGCUCGGCUGCUUUCCCUCCAUGGCGGAGGCCGAGGCGGCUGUUGGAGCCGUGAGGCGCUGCCUGGCCAGCUUUCCUGAGGAGGCGAGGGAGUUGUGUUUCACGGAGUCUGUGCCUUAUCUUGAUAGCCCUCCAUCCCCACUGAAAUUCUUUCGGGAAUGGGUCUGUCCAAACAAGCCAUGCGUAAUCCAGAAUGCCUUCAACCACUGGCCAGCUCUGAAGAAAUGGACAUUUGAUUACUUGAGGGAAAUAAUGAGCACAAAAUUGGUGAGUGUAGCAGUAACUCCAAAUGGUUAUGCUGAUGCAGUUUAUCAGGACUGGUUUGUUAUGCCGGAGGAACGACUCAUGCCAUUCAGUGCUUUCUUGGACAUUCUGGAGAAAAAAGAAACUUCCCCAGGAGUGUUCUAUGUGCAGAAACAGUGUUCAAACCUUACAGAGGAAUUCCCUGAACUUAUGGCUGAUCUAGAGUCUGAAAUACCUUGGAUGAGUGAAGCACUAGGAAAAAAGCCUGAUGCUGUUAAUUUCUGGCUAGGAGAAUCUGCUGCAGUGACAUCUUUACAUAAAGACCAUUAUGAAAACUUGUAUUGUGUGAUUUCUGGAGAAAAGCAUUUUCUGCUGCAUCCUCCAAGUGAUCGUCCCUUUAUUCCAUAUGAACUGUAUCCACCAGCCACAUACCACAUACGAGAAGAUGGGAAUUUUGAUAUUGUCGUGGAUAAAAUGUCAGAGAAGGUGCCCUGGAUUCCUUUGGAUCCUUUAAAUCCAGACUUAAAACGCUAUCCAGAAUAUACCCAGGCAAAGCCUUUGAGGUGCACUGUGAAAGCGGGUGAGAUGCUGUAUCUCCCUUCUCUCUGGUUCCAUCAUGUUCAGCAAUCACAUGGUUGCACAGCAGUGAAUUAUUGGUAUGAUAUGGAAUACGACCUAAAAUAUUCCUAUUAUCAGCUGUUGGACUCACUCACAAAAGCUGUAGCACCAACGUAACACAGCCUUGGAAGGGGAUAUUGGAAGCACUAGCCUUCUGUGCCCUAUGUACUAUUCAGAUGAAGUGAACUUGAAUAAUGUAAUACUAUUUAAUUAUGGUCCAAAGACAAAGAGCAACUGUUCUGCUGUCUGUUUAGCUUUACAUGACUGUUCAUCAAAAAUGUGGACAUGAUUUUACCUUUUAUGAUUGUUUACCUUGAGUGACAUUUGGGAUCUGUAGCACAUGGCAUGUCAGUUUCCAAAUCAGAUGAACACCACACAAAGAGCAGAUUUUCCAGAUCCAUUUGAACCUGGCUUCAGAAAAGUAUUUUGGACUGCUGCAACUUGGUUGCCUUGCAGAAAGGAAGAAAAUUCAUUUCUGGAGAUCAAGAGGGCUAAUAAUUUCUAUUAUUAAUCACUAUGAAUCUUCUGAGGGACAGAGUUGGAAGUAUUAUUUCAUCAAUACAUCAGUAAAAUCCAGCAUUAUGUUCCUUCAUUGUUGGAUGUUGAUACAGCAAUCUUGUAUUUGAGACAAUACCCAGAGUGGGGUAUUUACAGCUAUGGAGAAGUUGAUCCCCUUUAUCCCUUAUCCUACAAAGAAACUGGAGUCCGAUAUCUGGAAGUUUACGGGUUUCACACCAUUGGUCUAGAAAACAUUGAUGGUCUGAAUGUUAAUAAAUAGAAACUGGA